AUGAGCCAGUCACUUAAGCAAGCAGCUGAAUCAGCUCGCUCAAAGACCAGCGAUGUGCUGGGAGCUGCUCGAGGUGACUCGGCCGCUAUUGCCAAUGACAUCCUUCACACUCCUCUCAUGAGGGCCGCCCUUCCCUUCAUCAACGGCGGUAUCAGCGGUAUGGUGGCCACGACCGUCAUCCAGCCUGUCGACAUGGUCAAGGUCCGCAUCCAACUCGCUGGCGAGGGAACUGCUUCUGGCCCUAAGCCUUCUCCCCUCUCCGUCACUCGACAGAUUAUCGCCAGUGGAAAAGUCCUUGACCUAUACACUGGUCUCUCGGCUGGUCUUUUGCGCCAGGCCGUCUACACCACGGCCCGCUUGGGCAUGUUCGACACGCUCAUGGGAAACCUGUCCGCCCGAGCCAAAGCUGAUGGCCGCUCAGUCGGUUUCUCAGAACGAGCAACUGCUGGUCUCACUGCCGGUGGUAUCGCUGCCAUGAUUGGUAACCCUGCCGAUCUCGCCCUCAUCCGAAUGCAGAGUGACGGCCUCAAGCCCCUUGCUGAGCGAAAGAACUACAAGUCUGUCAUUGAUGCGCUCACCAGCAUCGCCAAGAGCGAAGGUGUCGGUGCUCUCUGGGCCGGUGCUGCUCCCACAGUCGCACGAGCCAUGGCUCUCAACUUUGGUCAGCUGGCUUUCUUCAGUGAAGCCAAGGUCCAGCUCAAGAACAACACCGAUCUCUCCGCCCGCACCCAGACUCUCACUGCCAGCGCCAUUGCUGGUUUCUUCGCCUCCUUCUUCUCGUUGCCCUUCGACUUUGUCAAGACACGUCUCCAGAAGCAAUCCAAGGGACCUGACGGCAAGCUGCCCUACCGCAGCAUGAUGGACUGCUUCUCCAAGGUUGCUAAGCAAGAGGGUCUCGGCCGCUUUUACCGUGGUUUCGGUACAUACUACGUCCGUAUCGCUCCUCACGCUAUGGUGACAUUGAUCGUUGCUGAUUACCUUGGCUGGAUCACCAAAUAA